AUGAAAACAAAUGAACAUCACUUAGGGAGAGGAAGGCAGAAGAGCGAGGAACAGACGCCACAGCUUGGAUAUAUUACUUACCCUUCCUCAAUCAAUUCGAAUAUCGACACAGCGGACAGAUUACGGAAACCAUCAAGUACCAUCUUAAUUGGGGAUCAGUUAUAUUCGAAUGCCCUUUAUCCGAUGUCAUCGCAGUCUGAAGCAACGUCAGGACCGAUCAAUGGUCCUCAGAGGCACAAGCCAGGAUCACCUGAUUUCUCCGAUGAUAAAGAUUUGAUGACAAUAGAUCCGACCAUGACUCAGGCUUCGAAAAUAAUACAGCAAGCCCUGGAAUCCCAAUCCAGCAACAAUUUGAUCGAACUGAUAGAAUUAAUGAUGCCCCCUGGACGAGGAGCAUAUGAUCAAUCUUAUCCGAUUUUUUAA